AUGUUGCUUCAGAAAUUUCUCACUCCCAUUUUGCACAAAACUGCUUCCGAGAUCAACACUACCCAAAACGCCGUCAGGGGUUUGUUCCUCAAUGCCACUACUCGGGCCUACUCCAGCCCAAAGGGAUUUGACUAUGACAAACUAAAAGACUUGACAAGAUCAAAAAUUCCUAACUUUCGUGACUCCAAUGCCAUGAUUGGUGACAUGACCCUGCAAUGGGCCAAGACCUUCCCCGAGGUGUCCGCCAAAAUUCCGGUUUUAAUUGUAGACCCUGGUUUUGUCAAAACUGGACUGCAGCAACAUCUUAAUUGGAUCGAGUCGUUCGUCGUCAAUAGGAUGUUAAGUGAGCCUAUAAGCGCUGGAUAUACCGUGGCAUGCAUAUACUGCCCUAAGCCCAGAUCUCACUGUCAAGAAUACAGGUGA